CUAGGCGCCUGUCACAUGAGCCGCGCGCCCGCUCGGCUCCCUCUCCUCCCGGCGGGCUGUGAAUGAAGCUCUGCCGGCUACGUGGGGCGCUAGCUCAACUUGGUGUUCUGAACGCCAGAGCCGACUGAGCGCUUGGCCCGCCAGUGGCGGACACGGGCUCCACCUCUUCUGACCUCGGCGACAGGUUUGGGGCUUAAGCAUCUGUCAGAGAGCACACUGCUGCUGUUCCACUUAUAUUCUAUUCAAGCCUCUCAACAAAACUGGGGGCUUUGGGAAACUCUGAGCCUGUGACCCCAACGUGGGAGUGGAUAGGAUCAACAUGGCCAUGUGGCAGGGAACCAUGGAUAAUAGAGGCUUUCAGCAGGGGAAUUUCAAUAGCUUCCAGAGCAGCUCCAGUGAUGAAGACUUGAUGGACAUACCAGGGUCAGCUAUGGAUUUCUCCAUGAGAGAUGAUGUUCCUCCAUUAGACGGAGAAAUAGAAGGUAUAAUUAUUGCUGGUAACAAUUUAUCUUUUUAAAGAUUAUUUAAAAAAUAUUUUGUUUAUUAUUU